AUGCUCACUUUCCAACACCUUCAGCUCGGCACCCUUCUCCAAGCCACUUUCCUCCUGGGAAUGAACACGGCUCUGUCCACCAUCUCAAUUCCCUCCAUUCUUGAGUCGCCCUCCCCCAUUCUUGCCAUUCGCCAAUGGCACACGCAGUUCCGCUCUGCGCAGAUUCCUGCGACCUCUCUAUCAGGAUCCAACUUGAUCCUCUCCGCCAUCAUGACAUAUGGCUCUUCCCAACGCUCAGGGUUGUUGGCAACGCCCACAAUCCUGUACGGCGUCGGUAGUGUGCUUGCUUUCCUGAUCUUCCCAUUCACGCUGCACUACAUGAACCCGCUCAAUGAUGUUCUUAUUGAGAAGUUCAAGAACCAGCAGGAUUUGCAUUACGCGGAUCUUCCGGAGAAGGGCAAGGGUAUGCAGACUGCGAGGGAUCACGACAAGAUCGCUUACUGGGGGUACUUGAACCGUGUUAGGAUUGUUCUUUACGCUGGAUUCGUUGCUGUUCACGCUGUUGCUCUCUUGGCUUAG